ACGCAUUAUUAUAGAUUUUGGUACUACGCUCUCUGGUUGUUCCUAUUCUCGUCUAGACAAUCCCAAGUUGAUAAAGACUAUAAAGUCAGGAUGGUACGUGUUUCACUGUCUUAUGAUCUAGCAUCAUUUGACAUGAGUCUUUUAGGCCUGGAGACAAAUCGGGUAUCAAAGCACCCACUGUUCUUAUGUACGACGAUAUGGGCAACAAAGUGAAAUUCUGGGGCCAAGAGGCGAAGUCAAGAGCUCGUGUUCGUAAAGAAAACAAUUUACUUGAGAACUUUAAAUUGUACCUGUCUCUUUCACAGGCUAAAUUGGACAAAGAAUCAGCAGGCAUCUUAUUGGACGUCUAUAAUAACCCUGAUAAUGAGAUUAUUUUGGAAGACGUGAUUUCAGAUUACCUCAAGCUGUUCUAUCGACACAUACUAAAUUUUGUGGGAGAGGUGGAUAAGACAAAUCUAGCCAUGCGAUUAUUAAAGAGCGAAAAAAAGCCCAAGACCAAAUACGUCAUGACAGUCCCUGCAAUCUGGAACACUGUUACUCGCCAAAUUGUAAUGAAUGCUGCAUUUCAAGCUAAUAUUGUAAAAAAACAUGAUGAAAUCAUUGUCAUCACUGAGCUAGAAGCGGCUGCUUUAUACUGUCGAAACCAGACCCAAGAAUUGAAAAAUGGUAAUGUGACUUUUAUCGUAUGUGAUGCGGGUGGAGGCACAGUGGACGUGGGUACUUUCCAUUUAAGCUCAACACGGUAUAUGACUCAAUUGGGUGAUUGUCAAAGUGAUACGUGUGGCUCCUUUUAUUUGGAUGCGAAUUUCAGAACAUUUAUUUUGCAGUUUUAUAAAGACAUUGGUGUUCAUUUUGAUCCAGCCAUCAGUAAAUUUGAUGAAUUCAUGGAUAGAUUUGUAAAUCGCAUCAAGGUUGAUUUUAUGCCGGAUACGACCAAUGAUAGUUAUUAUGAUAUUGAACUUCCUGGCUCGUAUGUCAUUGCUGAAUCAGUCAAGACAGAACAAAACAAAAAUUACAUCUUGGCAGAUAGUAAUCGAACACUUCGUAUUAAAAACGAAGUCAUGGACAAUCGGGUGUUCAAUCCUGUUAUGGAAAGAAUAGAGGCUUUAUUAGAUAAGCAAAUGAAAAGGUGCAAGGUGCGAUUUCUAUUUUUGGUGGGUGGGUUUGCACAAUCAAAAUAUUUGCAACAACGUUUACGAACUAGAUAUGAACCGGCUGUUCUAUUGAUUGUACCUUUAGAAAGUAUGUCUGCGGUCUCACUCGGGGCUGUACAUUACGCAUUGAAACCUGACAUACUAGCUUCUUGAACAUAAAUAAAUAAAAAACUAUUGUGGUAAAGCAUGUCUCUGUGAAAAAGGAUCAUGAAUGUAUU